GAAAAACAAGAAUGCACCGUGAAACAGCUUCAGAGAUGGUUUCUUUGCCGUAGAGCCAAAACAACCGGAAAGAAAACGCAGCUAGUACAAAGGUAAGUAAGCGCGGACCGAGACCUUCCUGAAGUUAUUUGUGCACAAAAAAAAAAAAAAAAAAAACAGCAACUUGCAUGUUCCGUCAUAAUUCAAGGUGGCAGCUCGACUUGUCCCCCCAAACAAUCCUAUAAAUGAGCGCGCGCUUACUUGGGGUCCCAGGCUAUCACUUUUUUCCGAAGUGCUAUAGGGCUUGAUCAGCUACCAGCAGGUAGGAAGUUCGAUUCCUGAGUUCGAUUCCGGUGGAAAAAACACCUUUUUUUUUUCUUUUCGUUUAGGAUUAUUUUUGCUAUUGUAGGUUUGUUUGGUUUCUUUAGAUAGCGUCUUUUUUUUUUUCAGUUAUAAUCAUAAAUUUUCUUCCCUGUUGCCUUAUUUCCCUUUCUUCCUACUUGUUGCCGUUCCCCCGAAGGGCUCCAUCCGCGAGGUCCUGCGAUUCACGUAUUUCCAGUUAUGUUAAUGCACAUGGCUAAUUGAAUUCAUUGUGAGGUUAUACCACAGAUUAAGGAAAAAAGAAGGAGAGCUUAAUUUCCUCUCUUAUUCUCGUUGUAUAUUCUUCCAUUUUCCCUAGCUUCCAACGCUGUGUUCCUUUAGGAGGGUUUGAGUAAAGGAUUUUGAUUAGGGGUAUCAAUUAACAGAGUGCACUACUUAGUUUUAUCUGAGUUAACAAGAGCCAUCUGAGUAAGCUAACAAGCCCAUCUAGCCUAAUACCCAGGCAAAAGUGCCGCUUUUGUGAUGCCGGGAAUCAUGUACAGUGUUGAUACCUAUAAGGGGCAUAACUGACAUCUUUGUUCUGCUGCAGCUUUGUCAUGUCAAACGUGGCCACAGGUACUGAUAAUAUCAUCGAGAGGGCAUCUCUGAAACUCUCGUUUAUCAUCAAAUACCUCCUGCCAGACAUACGGGGGGAAAUCUUAGCACUCUGCCACUCACGAGAACCACAGCCGGACGGCAGCUCGGGACACAUGCUGCAAUCAGGCAGUUUAGCCGAGGGCUUGUUUUUGCCGAACAUGAUGAAGCGGCAGGAUACCGGGCGGAGUUUCCCGGUUACCUUCAAUUUUGACGUGGAUUAUGCGCGUUGUGUUGAGAUGGAGCGUGGUGCCAGAUUGGAGACCUGGAGGCAGAAUGGAGACCUAAAACCUGGUUUUUGCCGCAUUUUAAAGCCUACCAGCUCCGAUGGAGAUGGAGGCUUGUAUUAUUCAUCUGCUCGAGCUAAGGAAAAGAUGUUGGAAAACCUUUCAAGCAGCUUGGACCAUUCCUUUUUCCUCCUUGACACCCCGAAGGAUAGAGCCGCCGCCUUCUUGGUAUCGAGGGAAUUUUCCUUGAACUUGGACGUGAUCCUCGCCGUUUGUGCUGAGUGGCCCGAAGAGGCGGGCGAAUGGCGAGAACGGAGUCGACCAGCAAAAUGGCCCAGCAGUGAGCUGAUAGAGGACAUCAUGAAAUCAGGUUCUCCUUUUUUUUUUGGCUAAGAUGAGAAGAGCGCUUAAGUUAUUACGAGACUACAUCGGAGCCGUGAAGGACACGAGGCCACGUCUCAGCCAUGAUCCAAUGAGUGGCUUCACUUGUUUGGCUUUUCAAUAGACGUGCACUCACCCUAAAAGUGCCUGCGCUCUGUAGGCAACAGUAAGAGGGAAGCAUUGUUACUCAACCGUGAUUUACGAGUCGCCAAAUUUCCCAUCGCCUUUUUGAAUUUUAGCUAGGUACGAUACUAAUAUGAUUCUCGCCGCCUAGCGGCGUAGUUUAGUUAGUUUGUAACAUCGACUGUGUUACUUUUGUCAGUACGUUAACCCAAAUGUCCCACUAAGAAAAAUCUUGGGCUCGCUGGAUGAUGCGAGACACGAUCGUAAGCUAAAAGUCUUGCUAUGUUUGUCGCAGGUAUUCAUCUUGUUCCAAAACCACAUGCCUUGAGCCAGGACAAGGACGUGGAGUGGCGGAUGUCGUUCGCCCUCGCGGAGAUAAAACUGGGACGAAGUCUCCGCGAGGAGCAGAGGCUGUGCUACUUGGCUGUGAAAGCACUGCACCAUAUGGAGCUGAAGGAACCCAAGGGUCUGACAUCUUAUCAUCUCAAGACGAUUCUGUUCUGGACGUGCGAAAACACUCAUUCCAGUUUAUGGACCAUGGAUACGUUGGGACGGGGUUUUCUGACGCUACUAGACGAAGAGAUAAGCUGUUUGAGGGAAGGACGCAUAUCGAACUACUUCGUGCCAGAGUACAACUUGAUCGAACUUGUGAAAAAGGAGAACCUCGGCGUCUGGCUCGCGAAACUCGAGGCCAUUCGAAAAGACCCAAUCCCCUUUCUGAUCCGAUUUCACGAUCUCUACCGGCGCAUGUCUUCACUCUCGCCACCAAAUAAUGAAGACAACGCCAUAAAGGACCGCAAUAGGUACGCUACAGGGAUCCGUCUUGUCGCAAAGCAAGACUCGAUUGACGGGGAGAAGAGCGUGUUCUUGCAGGGGCUUUAUCAUCUCGGCUUUUGUUACGCCGCAGAGGGGAAGUUCCUUGACAUGGCCCACCUUGCAGCGCACUUCAAGUCACUUGAAAACGAACUGACGAUGGUUGAAGCUCCCUUUGAAGGGCAUCCAGCGCGAGUGAAACUUCUCAUUCGCUUCAUGGAAGCAUUGGUCUAUUACUACACGAAUAAUGAUGAGCAAACUCCUACUCACAGAAUGAUGAUGAUGGUGACCACCAACUUAGCAAGGCUGCAGCACGAAGCUUCGAAAGUAGCCGAAAGUGAAUCUGAGCGGGAGCUAAGUUUGGCCAAGGCUUACGAAGGAUUUAGCAAGAUUCUCACCUCUGUACAUCACGAUGCAAGCAGUGCGUUGCUCUUUGCCAACUUCCUGUACGACCAGAGGCGUUUAGAUGAGGCCAUUGUCGUCCUGAAAAAGACUCGGACCACGCCAUGUUGGUGCUCCUUCAUUGUAUUCAACGAAUACACUUCCCACACCCCCGAUGAUUUUCUAAAAGAGGAAUUCCAAGCUCGUAUGGAGGUAGAGUACUGGGUGCCCACUUUCACUCUCUAUCUCUUGUUCUCUUGUUACGUCGACAAUGGGCAAAUCGGAAUGGCUCGCGAAUUGCUGCCCGAGCUGUUUGACGAGCGUGAGAGGUCAUUAGAAGCGCUCUCGUAUGGCGAUUCAUGUGUCCUAUUGGGGUAUUGUUACUUGAGGAUAGGAGAGCGGGAAGAAGCUUUGAGUCUGUUCAAGGAGGCUGUAGAUGAAUACGCGUCGGACGCGGGGAAGUACUGGUACAAAAAAACGCUACAAGAGGAUGGCACACAGAUGCCGGAAAGGCCCUGA